AUGAAUCUACUCCAGAACAGCUACACAGCUUCUCAGAGAGCCAAUCAGGAUCUGGAGGAGAAGCUUCACGCUCUGGCUGCCGUCAGUCAGACAUGGGUUCAUGCACUACGGAAGGUGGAGAGGGACAAGAAGACGAUGGACCAGGAGAUCGUGGAGCUCACCAACAAACUGCUGGAAGCUAAAAACACCAUCGACCGGCUGGAGGAGCUCAACGAGCGUUACAGGCAGGAUUGUAAUUUGGCCGUUCAGCUGCUCAAGUGCAACAAGUCGCACUUCAGGAACCACAAAUUUGCUGAUCUGCCCUUGGAGCUUCAGGAUAUGCUGAACAAACACAUGAAGAGCAGCCUUCCAGAGCGAGGGCCCGCCCCCGGCUCUCAGGAUCCAGACACGCUCAGUUUGACGCCUGCCGACGUCGUGCCGACCUCGGUCAUCGCCCGCGUCCUGGAGAAACCCGAGCCGCUGGUCCUGAACUCCGCCCAGUCCAGCAGCUGUGGCCGGCCAGUUGCUGAGGAUGUUUUUGUGCAUGUGGACAUGACGGGCCCCGGAGGGGCUGAGGGGCGUGGCCGGGAGAAUGGUGCCGGUCAGGAGGUGUCACAGCAGAACGGCUCGUGUCGCAGUCAGAACAGCCUGGACGAAGAGGCGGGUGGAGUUCCGUCCUUUGAGAAGUUGAACCCGUAUCCGGCACCACCUCCUCCCCACCCCCUCUACCCUGGUCGCAAGGUCAUCGAAUUCUCAUCAGACGACAAAGUAAAGAUCCCGAAAAACUCGCCGCUGCCCAACUGCACCUACGCCACGAGGCAGGCCAUCUCUCUGAGCCUCGUGCAGAAUGAUGAUGAGCGGUUGGCACCUGGCAGCCCGGCCCCUUCCUCUUCCUCUGGUGGGGGUGGUGGAGCCCAACAUCGCACGCCACCAUCACAGAGAGAUGUCACCAGUGAGCCACUGUCCAGCCAGUCCAGCCCCUUCAGCAGUCCGCCACAGGCGCCCAGUGUCUUGGCGAGCUCCGGCAGUUCCGAAGAGGACUUGCUCGCCAACUGGCAGCGAAUGUUCGUAGAGAAGAUGGCGCCAUCCAGCGAUGGCUCACUGGUCCACCGUACUUCCUUCAGCAGCCAGACGGCUCAGGAGCUGCAGAGGAGGAGGCAGGCGGUGGGGGGCGGGGCCUCCUCCUCCUCCGACCGUCACAGGGCAGCAUACUCGGAUGGGGAGGAGGGCUCAUCAGCGCGGAGCUGGACGCCAAGCCGCGGCUCGAGCCUCGACACUGACACAGAUACAGAGCCGCGGACUGGCAGGCGGGGCUGCUACGGCGGCAGGGAUGGCUCGGAGGAGGAGGGGGAGCGGCUGCUUAUGAACCUGGAUGAUGACGGCGGCAGUGGGGACACGGCAGUCACCGUGGUAACCAGCCCCGCACGCACCCACAGGAAGCUGGAAGAGGAGGGUGAGAGUUCAGGGGAGGAGAGGGACAUCUUCCCCCACGACCUGCCCGUCAUCUCACCCCGCCUCAUGGACUUUGACCCCACUACAGCGCCGCAUCGGCCCCAGAAGAGCCCGAAGAGGAUGGGCGUGCACCACCUUCACCGCAAAGACAGCCUGACCCGUGCCCAGGAGCAAGGCACGCUCCUGGACUGACACUUGCUCUCCGCGCACUGUGCCCCACUGACCUGACACUGAGGUCAGAGGUCACGCCCAUCCAGGAUAUAGCCAUACUUUACCGUAUGCUGCCGAGCUCGCCGCCCGACCCCGCACCCGUGCGUUAGACACAAAUCGCUGCGUGUCCACAUACUUUUGGUGUCAUAAUGUAUCCAGACUGAAUGAUUAUGUAGCAGAGGGAAAACAUGGCCAGAAGUAUGUGGACAGUUCAAUCAGCCUGCUCAGCAGAAACCUGUGUGUGUGUACGUGUGUGCGUGUGUUCGAUCAGUCAGUUCUCAUGUUGCUCAGCUGAUGAUCAGAAAGUCAUUAGAUAAGAAUAAAAUGAAAUGUAAGCAAAAUUAUUUUAUGGCCUAAAUUUUUACAGAUUUUGCUUUUGUGUAAUUUUCACGUAAAAGACAAACGAAGAAUGUCCAUAAAUAUGUGGACAGCCUUUAUGUCAAACUGAGUCGAUAAGGUGUCCGCAUACUUGGGUCAUGGGUCACGUGGGCCAUGCAGGACACUCGAUUGUGUCUGCAUGUGUGAGCAAAAGUAUGUGGACACAUGGGUUUAUUAAAAUCUGCACGAUCAACACUGGAGCCCACAGGCAGGUAGGUGUGUGUGUGUGUGUGUGGGGGGGGGGGGGCAGAAAAAAUAGAAAGUAAAUAAAACUUCAUGGAUGUUUUUGCCUUGUUUCCUAAACAGGAACUUUUAUUUUGAAGACACACACACACACACACACACUCCGUGCCUCACUCGCCCUCUCUUUUUCUUGCUCUCUCUCUAUGGUUGCAAGUGCAACACCGGGCCCACUGAAAGUCAGACUUCUAUUUUGAUGUCAUUGAUUUCCUGUUGUUUAGUCAGCUGAUUGAUUUGAUUUGUUGUGGAGCUGCCUCCCCCACUUCCCCCAAACACUCCAACUGUACCUGUGGAGGGGAGGGAGCAGAGGCAGAGCUUUCCAUGGCUCACACCUGGAUUGUAACCUUUGUUUUUGGGGAUUUUUUUUGUUGUUGUUGUCACAUUUUUUUUUUUUUUUUUUUUUUUUUUUGUGAAAUGUUGAGUAUUGAUCUGUUAUUAGUCUUAUUGUUUGCAAUUUGUUGAAUUGUUGUUUUUCUGAUUAGUUUGCGUUUUUAGCUUGUGCUCUACGGAAGCCUGUUGGUGCCAGAAAUGAUCAAUGAGCUUGAUUUAAAUGAUUGAAAACAAGAAGUUUAAAAAGAUCAGCCUGAAUCCUACAAAAUAAUGGCCCCUAAAAUGGAGGAAAUCAGGGUUAAAAUUAGAAAUCAGUGAACCUGUUUGACUUCCUGCAGCACCUCCUGGUGGCCUGGAGGAGGUCCGAAUCAUUGUAUGCAUUUUUGGCACUUCUGAGCCUCUGUACACGACCCUCAGUCUGUUCUUCUUCUGAUCGAAUGUCAGCUCGUUGCCUCCUCACAGCUCUGAUUGUCACUCUCAUCGAGGACCGAUGAUGGCUCAUUGAUCGCUGAUCUAUAGACUGCACAUUAAGCUCUUUUGGUCCCGCCUCUCUUAAUAACGAUCGAUAAUUAAAGUCAUCGAUCGAGCUGAUUAACGCUCAAAUAUUCGAAGCUGGCUGCACAAACAGGAGCUGCUCAAUGAGUUUUCAGCUGCUUUCAUUGGAGCUUGGCAACAUGAUGUCACAGCGCUGAGCGCCGCAGCCACCGAUGGUGGGAGUCACCGUGCAGCUGAUCGCUCGUGUUUGUAGCAGCUGUUUCACAGCAUUUUUAAGUUGUGGGAGGAAGGUCGAGUCGGUGGUUGCGGCUUCUGUUCACACGAUCUUUUCGCAGUUUCCUGUUUGGAGGCAGAGUCCAGGAAGCGAUCUGUCUGACAUUACGAGAAUCAGCUGGAAGAUGUUCUGACCACAUUUUCCAGCUUCCAGAGAUCAACGACAGUCUGCAGCAGACGCCAUAAAUGGCAGCGCCUCCGCCGGUUUGUGAGAUUUACACCUGUGUACGCCGUAGGUACGCCUCUGAAACCCUACGCUGUGACCUGCAGCACCACUGCAAUUGGCCUGUUGACCACAGCCGUUUCUGCUUAUGCGUUUCCAGUUACGACUUCUUCUGUCGUGUUUUUUGAAUCAAGCUGCAGAGAGAAACUGGCGCGCCACCUGGGGUUCUCCAUAGGUUAUCGCAUGAUCGUUCAUUCACUGAGGAAAAGGCGCGAUGAGCGCGAGUGAAGCUGUUGGGUAAAGAACUUACAGAAGGAACUACGGAGUGAGUUACAAGUACUUCAGAUGUUUACUUUAACGUACUCUGUUCUUUACUGUAGCAGUGUAACAAAAGCUGAAGUGGCGAUCACCUGUGCGUACCUGUCCGGAAGCGUGUCCACAUAUCUGAGGCUCAGGCGUUUAUAGCUGCCGCUGACCUGAAAGCUGGACUUCCAGAUGCUUCAAGAAACUGUAGUUCUAACAGGAAGUGAGGCAUCCGGGUCCGACCGUAGCCUUGCUCUGUGCACGCUGGAUUUUCUUUCAUCCUGUUUUUAAUCAGAACUUUGGCAACGCGAGUGGCACGCCGAGGCUCUGUAAAGGAUGCCAUGUUGGUUUGUGGAUCCGCCCCAUGUUGCAUUACACAGUGACAUAGUUUUCCAAGCUCUGUGGGAUGACAGAGUGCAUGAUGGGACAUGGAGUCUAAGGUUAAAUAAGAAUGUAAUGAAACAACAGCAGAAAAAAUAAACUUUCCUCCUGAAUGAAGCUGACGCUUUUGAUCACGUCAGAGUUUAACACGUUCAGGUGUUCGGCAUGCAGCGCUCCGGUAGGUUUUAUUAUUUCUAAUAUUAUUUACUCAUGUCUUUAUUUUUCUGUUUUAGGAGCAGUGAGGUGUUUACAAGGACAUUUCAGGUGUUUGUUCAGUUGAAUUGCUCUAUGACGGGUGGGUGGGGCUUUCUGCUGUGACUACAGGUGUAAAUAAAACAUAGGUGAGCAGAGCAGUCUGCUCCUUCAGUAGCUCAAAGCUCCAACCUGCUGAAACAUUUAAAACCUCUUUUAAUUUUUUUUCCCUCCUUCUGAGUCCUUCGUCCUGUAGACACGUCCUCCUCCUGUCCUCAUCAGCAGCUGUUAAAUUAUUCACCUUUUUUCCGUCUCACUAAUACUUCAGAGAGAGUGAGUGUGUGUGUGUGUCUGACUUUGAGAGGACUGAGGUCACUGUCUGUCCUUGUGGGGACACCCUGACUGUUUCAGAUUCGGGGUCAGAAUCCUGGAAAUGUGUUUGACUGAGGGUCCUCACAAAAGCAGACAAACCAGCGUGUGUGUGUGUGUGUGUGUGUGUGUGUGUUUAAUAUUUGAUACAAGUCCUCAAAUGUUCAGGAAGUCUGAACGAAACAGAGGAGUGUGUGUGUGUGUGUGUGUGUGUGUGUGUGUGUGUGUGUGUGUGUGUGUGAUGUACUGUGAGUAUAAAUAGAUGGUACAUGAGGACUCGUACAUCUUUAAUGAACGACGACAUCAUUCUGCUGAUUUUAAACUUCGUAUUAAAAUGCUUCAUGGUGUCAGUCACAAAAAUAAAACCUGUUUAUUAUAUCCUGCUUUUCAGAGUAAAAGUAUUAAGGAGACAGGAAUUUUCAUGAUUUUAACAUGAUUUUCUGCUGAUCUGAGGUCAGAGUGGAGUGGUUUUUUUUUUUGCUUGUUUGUUUGGUUUGUUUGCUUUUCUGAUCUGCUUCUUGUUUAAAGCGACUCAGUGUCCCAGCAUGCAUCAGUGAACACCCAGCAGUGGUCUGUUCUAGUUCUUUGAUCCUGGUCUGGACUUCUGAAAGGUAGCGAGCAGCUUCUGUGGUCGCCUUCAGGUCUUUGUUUCUGGAUCUCCAUUAGCAGAGCGUGCUGAUGUGUGUUUCCUGUUUCAGCGCGGCGUCAGAUGUGCGUUUAUGAAUCAGAUCCCAUUGUUCCUUCUAGAAGCUUCAGUAUUAGUUUGCUCACCUGUGCAGGUGGAGACAGGUGGGCUCGUGGCGUUCCUGUCGGCACUGAAAGACGAGCGUGAGUUUCUGCUGAAUUUUUUUUUUGUUGUUUCCAUGUGUUUGACUCCAUCAUGGCUGCCAGAGAGGGCGGGGCCUUUUUAAAGAAGACAUGGACUCACCUGAGGAUGAACGAUAGGCAGAACAGUAAUGAGCGGGGGAGCGUUUGAUUGUAGCCCCACCCCUCUCGCUCUCCCCCUCACAGGUGCUGUUUCUGAGGUUGCCGACCUCUGACCUGGGCCACGGUGCUUUCGGGGCCGACAGAACCAUUUCCUGUCCCCGUCACGCCUUUUGGACAGAGACAGACUGUUAAAACUCUACUGAUGAUUUUAUUUUCUCAGUUUAUAAACGAUGUAUAUUUUAAAGCAAAUAAAAUAUUUUAAAUGAA